UAUAUAUAUACGACAAUACGAGAACAGUGGAAGGUAUACCGAAACCGUGUGUGUCUCCGAUCGGUCUACAACCGAAUCCGUUAUAACUCAAAUUACACCUUACACACAAUACAUAACCCACACGUUGGGUCAACACCUGUUGCAGUGUCGUGCAUCGAUGACAAAACCGUAAGCGGACGAUCGUCGUUAUAAACACAAAACCAAAAUCGUAUCGCGUUUCAUUAUUUAUAUAAAUCACGCGAUACCUAACAAUAUUAAGAAAUGCAACGAGAAGACGAUAAGAAUUGCAAUGUGGCAGCCACUGUUGGAGACGACGAUCUGCAGACGACUGACGUGGACCACAAACUGCAACCGUACGACGAAGAGGUAGACAAACUGAUCGAGUGGCUGCGGGACAUGCCUCAUUUGCCGAACAUCACCGACCGAGCGUGGUUGCGGAACUGUUUUAUCGGACGAAAACUUCGGAUAGAGAGGACCAAAGAAUCAUUGGACGGAUAUUUUUGCUGCAGGUCGCUUAUCGACGAAUUCUUCGGCGUCCGAGAUCCACUCGGAGAUGACGUCCAGACGGCGAUGCGAAAAACGUGGUUUGGGUUUUCAAGCAAUUUGACAGACGAGGGUUACCAAGUCAUAGUGACGAAAAAUCUCACCGACGAAGAUGUUCCCGGCAGGUAUUUAGAUCAGUGGACGAAAUACUUUUACAUGUGCAUCGACUGGAACUUGAAGCGAGAGACGGUAAACGGCGUGAUCAUUAUUUAUGACAUGGCCACGACGAACAAAAACGAAUUACUUACUCAAGUGACCCCAAAUUUUCUCAGGAAAUCUUUACAGUGUUCGACAUUUUUCCCGUACAAACUGAUACAGGUCCACUUCAUAAACGUACCGUCAUACGCAGCCGUAGUGUUCAAUAUUUUAAGAUCUCUGGUUCCCAAAAAAAUCCAAUCUCGUAUAUUUAUGCAUAAUAACCCAUCGGAUGUACUGCAACAUAUCAAAAAAGAAUGCGUUCCGUCAGAUUUAGGUGGUUGCGAUAAAUCCAUUAAAGAACUGGGCGAACUCUGCAAGGAGAAUAUCAUAGCGGAAAGAGAAAUGUUCAUGAAUGGAAUACUUUCGUUGAAAGCGGACAUGGACAAAAAGCCGAAAGACACGAACAGCAACGAACAAUCGGAGCUCUUCGGAUAUGACGGAAAUUUCAAGCAAUUGAAUAUCGAUUGAAAUAUAUAUUUCCCAACAAAUAUUUUUUCGAUUUAUCAUAAUGCCGGUGGACGCUGAUUAAAUAAUACAUAAAAGAAUACACUUAGUACUUACAAUUCUUAAAUUACAAUAACAAUAGUUAGUGUGUAUUAAAUAUUAAGUACAAAUAUUAACACUUAAAUAAACCAACUCGAUUCACUGAAAACAGUACUGAAGUAAGAAGUCAAAGCAUUAUUUCGAUUACUUAUAUACACUUCAAAAACCAAUACACUUAGCAUUUUGCUGAAGGUAUCUUAAAUUAUUAUACAUGGAUUUUAACUUAAAAUUGACAUUAAAUAUUUCUAUAAAAAA